AUGAAUGUUGAUAUUGCGUUCGGCGGAAAUGAGUACACACACAGCGGGUACUCGAAAAAUUCCCUCAUAGAGGACAAAAAUUACACCCUAGAGUAUGAGAAAUAUGUACAUUUUGCUUUUUUCACGUGUUAUUAUAUUUCAAAUAUAAAGAAGGAAAGAUGCACAGACACUGAAGUUUUGACAUGGUAUUUGAAAAAGUUUAAACAUAUCGUUAUUAAUUCCACAAAAAAGGUAAAAAGGACAUAUUUUAAUUUAAUAAAUAACCUUAUUCAGGAUAAAUGUGUCAAGGCAAAGCUAGAAAAUAAUAAAAGAUAUCUCAGCCAUAAUGAAAAUUUUAUUUUGUGGGCAUGGAAGCGGAGAGCUCUAAAGUUCGAUAGAGAACAGCUUAAUAAAUUUUAA